CUGCAGACCACUCGUCCUUCUGAAAACAUCAUACCGACGAAUAGUCUGCAUACGUCGGACUGUUUAUCGUCUGAUGAGAUACUGACAUGAUGACUGACGCGUCUUACCUGGAGAUCGGGAGAGUUUGCGAUCCAAGUGCCUCGUCAAAUCAUGCCUCCGCCUCCGUUCACUCAUCCCUUCUGUCCUGACCUUUGAUCGAUAGCUUUGAAGGGACGCGAUAAAGGCCGUACUUUGUCCAGCACCGAGCUUACAAGUGGAGCGCAAGAAGGAUCAGCGACUGAGCCUUUCUAAUCUCAUGUCUCUUCCCUUCGUGACCACGCAUUCUCACACUCGCUCCAUUUCGGACUCGUUACUAGAUUUGGCCCUGCCAUCCGUCUCUUCUUUUCAUUCGAGGGCUGUAUAUUCACCAUGACCAGUCUCGCAAACUACACCAUUGACGAUGCGCAAUGGGCGACACCACCACUCUUGCUGGGCCCAGGAUGGAACAUGCUCCGGACCAACGGCUCGAAUCAAUUCAUUAAUCAGACGCAAGUGGACAUGAUUACACCGCAUCUGCAUGAAUUCUGGAACCAUUCCUUAAGCUGGACGACUACAGAGGGCGCAAACACGACCAUCGUCUUCAAUGGUACUGACAUUUGGGCGUAUGGAAUGUCUGGACCUGAUCAAGGCCCUUACAUUGCUUUGAUGGAUAAUGAAGUAGUGGGGCGAUUCACCGCUUUGGCCGAGGAGACAGACUUUCAUUACCUCCUUUACGCGGCGCAUGGACUUGACGGGACGAAAGAACACCACUUGACUCUCAGCAACGCUCAAGCGGGUACGAGUCUGGCUUUCGACGUGGCUUUGGUAACUCCUGCACAGGUCAAUUCAGUGCCAAGUGCCUUGCCCAGCACCGCUGCCACAUCUUCGUCCACUAAAUCGCUCGUCAUACCCACUCUCCAACUCCAGCCGCCGACGAUGGACCAAAUGAUAGCUGCAGAGGAAGCCAGACUAGCAAAAGAAUGGGAUCCAGCCGACCUCGCUCAACUGGCUAUCCCCUACACCUUUCACUGGAGCCCUUCGGCAUACUUUGUGGUCGUUGCUUCUGCUCUCGUCGGACUUUUGACAAUUGCCUUUGUCGCCAUGUUCGUCCUCCGCGUAUGGAAAGCGCGGCGACGCAAGUUGAGGAGCGAGAAAGUCGGCACGAGUUAUUUGACUCAUCGAAAGCCCAGACCUACCACCCGAAUCAUUGAAGCGCUGAAAAGAGGAAAGAUUUCGAAUCCUAUCCCCAGUGACGACGGGCAGAGUGAUUAUUCGACCAAGAAAGCUGGAUCAAGCGAUGGUUACAGGGAGGAUUCCGCGCACAUGUGGUGAAAAGGACAGAGAACUGUGUUUGGGUGCACGCUCGUGUGUCGUGG